AUGUAUUCUAAGUAUGAUUUUAUUAAGGAUCUUAAUCCUACUAAGGAGGAGUGGAAGAUUAAGGCUAGAGUUGUUAGAACAUGGAAGGUUCCUAAUUUUCAGCAAAAAAAAUUUGACGACAACGUAGAGAUGAUUCUGUUAGAUGAAAAGGGUGGAAGGAUCCACGCUGCUAUCAAGGGUUCUUUGCAUAUCCGUAAAAAAAUUCACGAAGGAGAAGUUUAUUUCAUAAAAAUUUUUGGAGUUGGUUCGAAUACUGGUAGUUUCAGGCCAACUAAGCAUGAUUAUCGUUUGUCUUUCAACUUGAGGACUGAUGUAAAAUCCACUAUUGAUUCUGCUAUUCCCACCAAUGGAUUUGAUUUUGUAGAUUUUGACGUUAUAGAGAAAGAGUUUUCUGAUUCCCCUUAUUUAGUAGAUGUCAUCGGUUUAGUCUCUGGAAUAGGAGAAGUUCGUGAGCAUAUUAUCUCCGGUAGGAAGACAAGAAUGGUUGUCGUGGAGCUUGAUAACCUCAGUUCGAUAAACAGUGAAGAUAUGCUUGAUCCUGAUAUUGUCCUAUCAUUAAAGGAAAUGUUGGAUAAACACAACAGUAUUGCUCAAUCUUUUAGGUACGCUAGAGAUCGAUAUAGGGACAAUGACUUUACUGGAGUGAAGUUGAGGCUUAUUCGAAAGCGUGGCAGUGAUGGCAGAGUUUAUAAUCUUUCGUCUGCGUCAGAAGUUGCUGCUCUUAUUGUUGGGGAUAUAGACAGCGCAUUGGGUGAUAGGGAUAUUGUUGUUGAGACACAAGAUAUAGUUUUGCAGCGUAUAGAUGUCAAGCAUCCGUUGUAUCUUGGAUUGCAGUAUCCUUUGUUAUUUCCUUAUAGUGAAGAUGGUUAUCGUGAUGAUGUCGAGCGAUCUUAUACAUCCCAUGGUAGGACUAAUCCAAGAUCCACUUCUGAUCGGCUGAAUUUUAUUCGAUAUAACCAGAGUCAUCUCAGGGCAGAGUUAUACAAAAAUAUUAAAAAUGCAUUUGACAGGGGUGAAGAUGAAGCUAUAAACACUGGAAAGCGUAUCAUUAUUCAUUCUUCGUUCACAGGCGGACCUAGAUAUAUGGCUGAGAAUUGUAAAGAUGCCUUUGCAAUCUGCCGUUGGGCUGGAUAUCCUCAUCUGUUUAUAACGAUCACCUGCAAUCCUAAGUGGCCAGAGAUUACCAGAUUUCUUAAGGCAAGAAAACUCAACGCUGAAGAUGAUGUUUGUACAGUUGAAUUUCAGAAACGUGGACUGCCUCAUGCUCAUAUUCUACUUUUCUUGCAUCCCUCCGAAAAGCCUAAUACUGGACUUGACAUUGAUAAUUUGAUUUCAGCUGAGAUUCCUAACAAAGAUUCCAAUCCUUCACUUUUUGCAGCUGUCACUAGUUAUAUGAUGCAUGAACCCUGUGGUCCUGACAAUUACAAGUCUCCUUGCAUGAAGAACGGACAUUGUUCAAAGAAAUUUCCCAAGAAGUUCUGCUCCCGUACUUUUAUUGAUGAUGAUGGAUUCCCUCAUUAUAGAAGAAGAAAUGAUGGGAGUGUUGUCAAAAAGAACGGUGUUGAACUUGAUAACCGUUAUGUUGUGCCGUAUAAUGCAAAACUCCUUCUAAAAUAUCAAACGCAUAUCAAUGUUGAAUAUACUUGUCAGAGUAGUGCCAUUAAAUAUCUCUUUAAAUACAUCCAUAAAGGGAAAGACAAGGUGACAGCUGCUAUAAAUCAUUCAGAUGAUGAAAUCAAAAUGUUUUAUGAUUGCAGUGAUCAUGCUUCAAUAACCAAUGUCAAGACUAAGGCGGAGUCUAGACAAUCAAUGUUCGAGUCUUGGAUGGAUGCAAAUAAAAAAUAUCCAGAAGGUAGGAAUCUUACUUAUGCAGAGUAUCCAACUCAAUUUGUAUAUAAAGAAAGUAUGCAUGAAUGGCAUCCCAGAAAACAAGGAUUUUCAAUUGGAAGAAUAAAUCAUUUUUCUGCCAAUAAUGGAGAAGAUUCCUAUCUCCGAACUUUACUUAAUUUUCAAAAGGGUUGUGCAAGUUAUGAAGAUUUGAGAACGGUCAAUGGGGUGCUUUUUCCUACAUAUAAGGAUGCCUGCUAUUCUUUGGGGCUUUUGGAUGAUGACAAUGAGUACAUUGAUGCAAUUAAGGAGGCAAGUUCUUGGGGGUCAGCAACUUAUCUGAGAAAUCUGUUUGCCUUAUUGUUAUUUGGUAACUCAAUGAACAAGCCUGAAAAUGUUUUCCAAAAAUGCUGGGAAUUACUAUCUAACGAUGUUCUUUAUCGGCAUAGGCAAAGAAUUGGACGUGAAGAUGCUUUGCUUACAGAGGAUUCUAUAAAAACACAUAACCCUUGCAGAAAUCGAUAA